AUGGCCGACCACGACCACGAUCCCAUCGACAAGCGAUCCGCCUCACGCACACGCAAUUCGCGUCCCACGACCCCAAUGCGCCCAACGACACCCCUACGCCCCUCGUCGCGCUCAUCCUUCCGUGAGUCUGCCCGUGGCAGCGUGCACGGCGGCGGCGAGUCGUUUCCCCUCAACGCCUUUGAGCCGGCCUUUGCCGAGCUCUCGGACGCCGUCGCAGACCUCGAGGCCAACAUGAUGCACUUCCAGUUAAUGCACGAGAGUCUGGCCCGCUUCAGCGAAUCGUUUGCAAGCUUUCUGUACGGCCUCAACAUGAACGCUUUCUGUGUCGACUUCCAAGAGGGCCCUGUUGCGGAGUCAUUCCGGCGUGCAAAGCAACAGGACGAGUCCGGUACAAACGAGGGGACAGGAAUUCCUCGCGCGCCGGAGAGGACCGCCCCAGACAAUGAAGGCGAAACAACUUUCAUGACUACGGACGUUUCGUUUGUCGAAAACCCGCCCGCCUCCUCCAAGCCGACCCCGAGAUACAAGACUCCUACCACCAGAGGUUCCCGAGUCCCGGCCCCAGCCACCCGCGGUACAGCGCGGGGCCGCGCAGGAGGUCGCGGGGGCGCCGAGACUCAAAGAGGCCGGGGCAGUGGAAUCGUCAGACCCCGCGCCCGUGGCAUUCGGUGA